AUGAUACCAGCUCCGCCUCUUAAUAUUCCCAAGUCCUACGAGACACUCCCCCUCACUGAUGUCAAGGUCUCGCAUCAUCCGGAGGGUGUCCCAGUAGCGACACCAGUAGUGGUGGUGACACUGAACCGACCGGACAAGAACAAUACAUUUUCCACACAUCUCAUGGAUGCCUUCGAGAAGCUGUACCCACUGUUUGACGUGGACGAGCGAGUCAAGGUCGUCGUGUUGACGGCAACAGGGAAGAUCUUCUGCGCCGGUGCCGACCUGAAGGAACCGUUCAAACCGGCCAAGGAGCGACCACUCGACUUUCGCGACCCUGGCGGUCGCAUGGCCCUCGCCAUCUACCGAUGCCGCAAGCCCACCAUCGCCGCCCUCCAAGCUCCGCCUUCAUCGUUCUUCCUCCCCCGUCUGAUUGGAUACUCGCACGCAAUGUAUUUGCUGACCACCGGCCAUGUCCUGCCGCCCACAUCGCCGCAUUUCGGGUCCCUGUUUGCAGAGACUCGACCCGAUGGUGCGCAGGUGCUCUCUCGUGCGCUGGAGUUGGCGACCGAGAUUGCGGAGAAUGUUAGUCUACUAGCGUGGCAUUUGAAUCAUGCGUUGAUGUGGCGUAAUCCCGGGACCGCCGAGGGAGCUCAUAUUGUUGAUUCGACGGUGAUCUAUCAUAUGUUUGAUGGGAGGGACAUGCAAGAAGGGACGAAGUCUUUUCUAGAGAAGCGAAGGCCCAACUUCACGGCAACGUUGGAACACGCGCCACCGAACUACCCGUGGUGGAAUGAAAUUGAUACAGGCAGGAGGGUGCGGGCUGCAAAGCUGUGA